CGUCGCACCCACCACAGCAGUGUGAAACCGUUGCGUGUUCAAGUCGAAACAAGACGCCAAGUUUGCCAAAGAACUAAAAGAUUCCAGUCUGGGGAAAUAAUUCUGUUUUUCGAUCUUAAGUCUCAGCGCUUGGCGCCAAAACGUCUUGAGCAGGCGUCGUUUUGGAGGCGCCAUCAGGAUCGAUAAUCCGGGCGCGGUGAUUGGUUUUGGGACCGCAUUGUGAGGUGCAUUCGUCCGAAAGAGCGCCAUGGCGGCUUCGGGUCUGAUCCCGGAAGACGACGACGACAUCCGCCCACACGUGGAAGUGAGCGUAACUGCAACCGCCCCCUCGUCGCUCGCUCACCCCAACGGCAGCCCCAGUCGCCCCGCGUCCCCGCCCCCUGCCGACGCCCCCGACGGGAGGAGCAAGCGCAGCAAAAUGAGCGGUCUUCUCCAGCAGAACCAGCUGGUCCAAACCCUGAGCAGCGGCCUAAAACGCCACUGCGACUACGUCAAGAUCUCAGUACCUGAGGAGCACGCCGACCGCCUCCCCAGGGAGUGGUGGAAGACGGGCGUGGCCUUCCUUUACGCUGUCUUCAACUUGAUCUUUACCACCGUGGUCAUCACCAUCGUGCACGAGAGGGUGCCCGACAAGUCGGUGAGCCCGCCGCUGCCUGACAAGUUCUUCGACUAUGUGGGCCGCGUUCCCUGGGCCUUCACCGUGACCGAGGUCAACGGGCUGAUCCUGGUGGUGCUAUGGCUUGUCCAGUGGCUCCUCCUCAAACACAAAGCCAUCGUGGGGCGCCGCUGCUUCUUUCUUAUCGGAACACUCUACAUGUACCGCUGCAUCACCAUGUACAUCACCACCCUGCCUGUGCCGGGCAGACACAUGGUGUGCGCACCCAAGCUGUACGAUGACUCGGCAGGAAAGAUCUGGAGGAUUGUGCGGCUCAUCUCUGGAGGAGGUUUGUCUCUGACAAGCUCCCACAUGAUGUGCGGCGACUUCCUGUACAGCGGCCACACAGUUAUGCUGACCCUGUCCUACCUCUUCAUCAAAGAGUAUUCUCCUCGGUGGAUGUGCUGGUACCAGUGGAUCUGCUGGCUGCUCAGCGCCUCGGGCGUGCUCUGCAUCCUGGUGGCACACGAGCACUACAGCAUCGACGUCCUGGUGGGCUACUUCGUCACUACCAGGCUCUUCUGGUGGUACCACACCAUGGCCAACACGCACGCUCUACGUCGGGCGCCCAACAACUUCCUGUCGCGUACCUGGUGGAACCCAGUGUUCAACUUCCUGGAAAGAAACGUCCAGACCACCGUGCCCGUUGUCUUCUCGUGGCCGCUAGCGCUGCCGUCCUCGUGCCGACAACGGUACCGGAUAGUCGAGGGGGGACGGGACGAGUAAGCGGACGGGACCAUCAGACGACCGCCUUGAAGGCCGAAGAAUCGGCAGCCGAUCGCAGUAAAACGCUCCUUGUUGCUUUCUAAUUGGGGACCACUUUCAAGACCAACGCUUGGAAAGCUCACUGCGAACUCAUAUUUGGUCUUUUACGCUGAUGCCUAAUCUUGUUGUAAAUACUAUUUGUCUGUGCUUAAUGAUUAUUAUUAUUAUUAUUUCUUCAUGCCAUUUGUGUUUUCUCACAAUGGACUGUUGCCAAGUCGGCCUAAUGAAGUCAAGUGUUGCUAUUUUCUAUGCUAAAAAAAAACUGUCUACAUUAUUAGCGCACGUUGUAAAUUGUCUUGGCUCUAUAAUAUUUAGAUUUGUUUGCUUACCUUUUUGAGCUACAUAAAGGGUACCAAACAUUCCAAAAACUACCAUAAUUAAACAUUGCUAGAUAUUAUUAUUAUUAUUAUUAUGAAUAGAAUGUGUAAUUUCACACAUAGUUUGACUCGAAUAAAACAACAGAGAUUUAUGUCCUCUG